GGAAUCGGAAGGACUUGAAACCAUGAAGGAAGUAUCAAUGAUUAUUAACGCUGGAUGGGUUGUUCCAGUCAUCCCAGAGAACACUGUGUAUGAGAAGUACUCCGUCAUCGUGGACGGAAAAACGAUUUUGGAUUGCCUCCCGACAUCGGAGGUUGCUUCCAAGUACACUUCUGCCAAUGUUGUAGAACGCCCGAAUCAUGUGGUAAUGCCUGGUUUGAUUAACAUGCACACGCAUGCUGCCAUGAGUCUCUUCAAGGGUUUCAGUGAUGAUAAGUCUUUGAUGGAUUGGCUUCAGAAGGACAUUUGGCCCGCAGAAGGCAAGUUUGUGGGACCCGAGUUUGUCAUUGACGGAACCAAACUCGCCUGCGCCGAAAUGAUCCGCAGCGGAACCACUUGCUACAACGACAUGUACUUCGCGGUCGACGAAGCUGUGGAAACCACCACCAGCAUCGGCAUUCGCGCCACGCACGGCCCCGGCGUCUUCGGUUUCCCCACCAGCUGGGCGCCGGGUCCUGCGGAGUGUCUCGAGAAAAACCGCCGAUUUUUGGAAAAACACACGAAGCUGGAUAACGACUUGGCUCGCUACUCCGUCUGCCCGCACGCGCCCUACACAGUGCCGGAGGCCUAUUUAAUCGAGACGAAGGCGCUGUGCCGCGAGUUCCAUGUCCCGAUGCACAUCCACGUGCAGGAGACCAAAGCGGAGCUGGAAGAUUCGAUCAACGGCACGCCCAGUUCCAGCAGACACCUCAGCGAGGCUCGCUGCAGUCCGAUCGAAAAUCUGGCAGCGCACGAUCUGCUGGAUCACACGAUCUGCGCGCACUGCGUGCACGUCACCGACCACGACAUCGAAUUGUUGGGAUCCCACCACGCUUCUGUGGUGCACAACCCCACCUCCAAUCUCAAGCUCGCCUCCGGCGUCUGUCCGGUGCAGCGCAUGCUCGACCACGGCGUGAACGUCUGUCUGGGCACGGAUUCGGCGUGCUCCAACAACAACCUCGACAUGUUCAGCGAGAUGCGCAAUGCCGCGCUGGUGGGGAAGGUCGCGGCUAUGGACCCGCGAGCGUGCUCCGCGCCGACGGUGCUGCGCAUGGCGACGGCGAACGCGGCGAAAGCGCUGGGAUUGGAGGGGAAACUGGGCGUGGUCGCCGAGGGCGCGCUGGCGGAUCUGAUCGCGGUGGAUCUGCAGCGCGUGGAGACGUGGCCGCUGGCGAACGUGAUUAGCCACUUGGUGUACGCGUGCGGACGCGAUCAAGUGACGGAUGUGUGGGUCAACGGGAAGCAGCUGAUGAAGGAGAGAGAGUUGCUGACGCUGGAUAUGACGGAGCUGAAGCGGAUUGCGGAGAAAUGGGAUCGGAUUUUGAAGGAGUUCAGAGCCAAUCAGCAGUCUUUUGUUUGUUGA